AACAUUCCUUUUUAGCUUUGUCAUUGGCAGGCCUGAUACAAGGAACUGUCUCUUUUCCAUUCCUUUUAUGUUCUCCCUCACCUUUUAUUCCAUUUGAAUCAGAAGCGCAUGCUCAUGAGAAGCUCCAAUCCUUUCACUUUUCUUUUUCCUUUCUGUUCCUAUUCUGCGUUCAGUGGGACUUUACCUGUCUUUGAUUUUUCAGUGAAAGUAUAUAUAUGAUAAUAUUAUUCAAAUAAAGCUCUCAUUAAUGUACAGCUAGCUCUCCAUUCAAUGUUAAAUAUACAUAGUAUACAUAGUUAAAGAUGUUAUAUAUGUGAUGAUUUCUGAAACUAAUGAACAAAGACUAAUAACAAACCAAAAAGGUAACCUUUUUAUCCUUGUCUUAUAUUUUACACUGUAAUGGCUAGUUAUCAUUCUUGGCUGACAAAUAGAGCACAUGCUCUUGGAGAAUCAUUUGCACCAUUCACCCUUAUGGAGACAACAUGAUUAGUAGGACUGCCCCAUGUUUCUUCUGGUGAUCAUCAUGGACUCUAUGGAAUCUUGUGUUCCUCCUGGUUUUAGAUUCCAUCCUACCGAUGAAGAGCUUGUUGGUUACUACCUCAAGAAGAAGAUUGCUUCUCAGAAGAUCGACCUCGAUGUCAUUAGAGACAUCGAUCUCUAUCGAAUCGAGCCCUGGGAUCUUCAAGAGUGUUGUAGGAUAGGGUAUGAGGAGCAAAGUGAAUGGUACUUCUUUAGUCAUAAGGAUAAGAAGUAUCCUACCGGAACAAGAACAAACAGAGCUACGAUGGCCGGGUUUUGGAAGGCAACUGGGAGAGACAAGGCAGUUCAUGACAAGAACAAGCUUAUUGGAAUGAGGAAAACCCUUGUGUUCUACAAAGGAAGAGCACCUAAUGGACAGAAGACUGAUUGGAUCAUGCAUGAAUAUAGACUCGAGUCUGAUGAGAAUGCACCUCCUCAAGAAGAAGGAUGGGUGGUAUGCCGAGCUUUCAAGAAGAGAAGCACCAUCCAAACAAGAAGCAUUGCCGAUGUUUGGGAAUCUGGUUAUGCACCAGUGAACUCAUAUCUUCAGAGGCAACCAAUUAGGAGUGCACUUUGCAAGCAAGAGAGUGCUGAUCAGAUUGAAAACUUAAACCUCUUGAACUCUAACCAGUUUGUUCAACUCCCACAGCUUGAGAGCCCAUCCAUGCCUUUAGUGAAGAAUUCAAGCGUGGUUCCAAUUAUGAGUGGGAGAAAUGAAGAUGGUGGUGAGAAGGUGACUGACUGGAGAGCUCUUGACAAGUUUGUUGCAUCACAGUUGAGCCAUGAAGAGAGAUAUGAUGUUGAACAGUGUUCAGAGCUUGGUCAUGAUGUGGAUAAGAACUCAGAGAUGGCAUUGUUGUUACUUGGAAGUGGUGAUGAGGAAGGGAACAAAUUGAAUGGACUUUUGAGUUCUAGUUUGGACUGUGAUUUUGGAAUAUGUGUUUUUGAUAAGUGAUCAUCAUCAGGUUAUGUAUAUCAUUUUAUUGUGGAGGAGGUGCAUGCAGGCAAGAGGAGGGUUGUGGUAUCUGGACUUUGAUCAAGCUGAAAACUCAUGACUUUAUUAUCUCUAUUCAUGUUUGGGAUUGGUUGUAGCUCUUUAUUAUUAUUUUUUUUUUACAUUUGGAGAGAAGAUAAACAUAUUGAGUAUUUUGUCUAUCUCUAUACAUAUCUCUUCUUCUCUUGUGUUUGAGAAGACUAUUUGUUUAAUAUUGUGAAUAAGAAGUUUCAUGGUUUUGCUUUUAA